AUGGUGCAUGCCAUCUAUAUCGACUUUAAAAAGGCCUUCGAUAGUGUGCCUCACCACCGCCUUCUAUACAAACUUAGCCGUGCAGGAGUGCGAGGUAAGCUUCUGAUGUGGAUUCGGAGGUUUUUAAUCGGCUGCUCUCAAGCCGUCCACGUCGGUGACCAACAAUCUGCCGAGGUUGCCGUUAAGAGUGGUGUUCCCCAAAGCUCUGCACUUGGCCCUACACUGUUCCUCGUCAAUGACUGCGCAAACGAACUGAAGUGCGAUGUCGCAAUGUUUGCCGAUGACAUAAAGAUCUGGAGUACCAUACAAAGCGAAUUUGACGAGGCGCGACUGCAGACAAAUCUGGACCACCUCGAGCAAUGGUCGAAAGACUGGCUUCUACCGUUCAACGUAAACAAGUGUUCUUUCCUACGCGUCGGCAGAACCAGUUCUCCUAACCACACGAUCUACCGUCUGAUUGGCAAACCAUUGCAAGAUGUCAACGCCCAGAAGGACUUGGGUGUAUGGAUCACAACCUCGCUUAAGCCUUCGCUGCAAUGUUCAAAGAUGGCCAAGUCGGCGAUGUCCAUUCUAUACCUCGUCAAACGGGCGUUCUCCUUCUUUGAUGAAGACUGCUUUGCCAAGGUUUUUCAAACCUUCGUGUGA